UCAUGUAAUUUUAUAUAUAUUGUGUUGUUCAAUAACACUGUAAGCCAACUUCAUUACAUCAAUAAUUACAUAAAAAUAAAAAUAAUUACAUACAGAAAAGAUGAACAACUAACCUGCUCCGGAAACCACCUAAUGCGCAUGCGUGGAGGCGGCUAAAUUCAAAACUCCUGACGUUAACCUCUCGUUGACGUUAGCUUCGUCCAAGUUAGCCUUUCUUAUGUCCAACUUGGUUCAUCUGGACGUAAUGGACAUAAUUGUUGUGUAACAAGUAGCAGUAACAACUACAAGUUAAAAAUGGAGCCCCUGGACCUUGGCAGGAAUGAUGAAAACAGUGGAUUCUCCAAGAGACGCAUUUCUUCUAUAUUAAAAGCUCCUCGGAAAUCAAUAAAAUUCUCUGAUACAGAGCAACAGGAAAAUCAGGUUGAAAGUGCCAAACCAGUGGAAAAAAGGAUUUCCAGAAGAGUUAGCUUUGCACCAGCCAAUGAUGUUCUUCUUUUCCCCAAGGAUGGGAAAAAUGCCUCGUCAGGCCGAAGUCCAUUACAAGAGCUUAUGUCAACAAGUACCCCAACACAAAAUAGGCUCCAGGUGUCAAGUGAAGAUGGGAUUCAACAAAUUACUGGAAUGGAAACCCUGCUGAGUGCACCUCUUCGUGCCUCUGACCAAAACGAAAAGGUCAUCUCUGACACUGACUUUGGAGAGAAAACUGUGAUGUAUUGUGCGGAUGAUGGAAUCAUGGACAUGACCCAGUCUCACACCAUCAACAUCGAUGUCGACUAUCUUGUUGAUACGCCACAGAAGAACAGUUUCAAUGUAUUUCAGAGUGGCGAGACUACAGUGAUGCCUUCAGCAGACUGCAACGGCCAUAAUGUUAACAUGGCUAGGGGGUUAGAUUUUCCAUUUUCUGGUAGAAACACAGAUUUCAAUCUACCAGUGUCGAGUUUUGAUCCAACUUCGACCAUUUUUCCUGCAAGUCUUUCAAAACCAACUGGAUUGAAUGUGGACACAAACCUUUCCCAGACUAAAACCCAGAAGUUCAACGUGGAUAUAAAAAAUCAGGUUCCAUCUUCUGUUAAAAAUACUGGGAAUGUGAGAGAAUCGUUCCGUGGCAGUGCACUCUCUCAAGAUGAUGACGUUGUCGACACCUGUCGUGUUACGGGGUUGACUGAUGAUAAUGACGAUCCUUUUCAGUGUCUCUUUCCCUCACAAGAAAUGUACUCCCAGUCUGACAAAGGGUCACAAGAAUCACAGAACCAAGAGAACCCACAGAAGCACGCCAUUAUGACACCUGGCUCAUUCACACCAAAAGCACCUGAACACAGGUUCCUAAGGGGGGACGCUGAAGAACACACAGAGAAAACAGUGAUGUUCCCUGCAGAUGAUGCCUAUGUGCACAUGACGCAGAGUCACCCUGUUAAAAACACAACAGAUCAGUCAGCUGCCCCUAUUUAUGACAAUGUUAGAAAAACUGUGACUUCUGUGGAAAAGAGACACAAAGAUACUCUAGGCCGAUCUUCAUCUGCAAAUAAUUUGGACUCCGGAGUCUUUGCCAGCCUCUUAAAGCCCAAAGACACCAGCCUGAAUUCAGGAUAUUCCGGAAUGGCUAACACUGUGGUGACCAAGACACCAUCCAAUGGAGAUCCAGUCUGUCCUGAAGAUGACCUGAGCAUGGAUAUGACAGAAGUUCAAACGGGACAUAUAGAGAUUCGUGGGAGUAAUGACCCACUUCACUCUUUCCGACCUGCACAGGAAAUCCACCCUCAAGGCGGACAAACCUCAUCUCAACAGUUCUGUACUGAAAAGCAGAGGUCAUCUUAUAAUACAGGGAAAGAAACGUCAUUAAAGGCCUCUUUUCAACAUCAGAUGACUUGUGAUAGUCAAGAGGACUGCAGGCAGAAAACGAUGAGAUUCACUGACGACAGCGUACUCAUGGAUGUGACUCGAAGUCACACUGUGAACAUAGACUGUGUUUUACCAAUGCAGUCACACAAAAAUGCGGUCAAUUUACUGCCCAAAGAGGAGAGGACUGUGAGGUUCAGUGCAGAUGACUGCGCUAUGGAUGUGACACAAAGUCACACCACAAAAAUGACCACUCUUGUGGACCCCGGACAACACCAUAAGGUUGACAUUGUACCUGCUGGAGGAGAGAAAACACUAAGGUUUACUGCAGAUGAUGCAGAUAUGGAUGUGACCCGAAGCCAUACCGUAAACAUUGAUAGUCAUUUUGAGCCACACAUCAAAACAAAUGUGGACAUUCUACCAGUUGGAGGCGAAAGAACAAGGUGGUUUUCUGCAGAUGAUGCAACUAUGGAUGUCACACGAAGCCAUACCGUAAACAUUGAUACUCAUUUUGAACCAAUGGCCCGCAACCUUAGUGAAGAUAAGUGGUAUAGAAAAUGGAUGGAUAUUGAAUCAAGGACCAAACAAAAUGUGGAUGCUUUACCGAUUGGAGGAGAGAAAACCUUGCGGUUUUCUGCAGAUGAUGCAGCUAUGGAUGUGACACGAAGCCAUACUGUAAACAUUGAUACACAAAUUGAACCAAGGACCAAACAAAAAGUGAAUGCUUUACCAAUUGGAGGAGAGAAAACCAUAAGGUUUUCUGCAGAUGAUGCAGCUAUGGAUGUGACACGAAGCCAUACUGUAAACAUUGACACCCAUAUUGAAAGAAGGCCCAAACAAAAUGUGGAUGUUUUACCGAUUGGAGGAGAGAAAACCAUGAGGUUUUCUGCAGAUGAUGCAGCUAUGGAUGUGACACGAAGCCAUACUGUAAACAUUGACACCCAUUUUGAACCAAGGACCAAACGAAAUGUAGAUGUUUUACCGACUGGAGGAGAGAAAACCUUGCGGUUUUCUGCAGAUGAUGCAGCUAUGGAUGUGACACGAAGCCAUACUGUAAACAUUGACACCCAUAUUGAAAGAAGGACCAAACAAAAUGUGGAUGUUUUACCGAUUGGAGGAGAGAAAACCUUGCGGUUUUCUUCAGAUGAUGCAGCUAUGGAUGUGACACGAAGCCAUACUGUAAACAUUGAUACUCAUAUUGAAAGAAGGACCAAACAAAAUGUGGAUGUUUUACCGAUUGGAGGAGAGAAAACCUUGCGUUUUUUUGCAGAUGAUGCAGCUAUGGAUGUGACACGAAGCCAUACUGUAAACAUUGAUACUCAUAUUGAAAGAAGGACCAAACAAAAUGUGGAUGUUUUACCGAUUGGAGGAGAGAAAACCUUGCGUUUUUUUGCAGAUGAUGCAGCUAUGGAUGUGACACGAAGCCAUACUGUAAACAUUGACACCCAUUUUGAACCAAGGACCAAACAAAAUGUGGAUGUUUUACCGAUUAGAGGAGAGAAGACCUUGAGGUUUUCUGCAGAUGAUGCAGCUAUGGAUGUGACACGAAGCCAUACCGUAAACAUUGAUACUCAUAUUGAAAGAAGGACCAAACAAAAUGUGGAUGUUUUACUGAUUGGAGGAGAGAAAACCUUGCGGUUUUCUGCAGAUGAUGCAGCUAUGGAUGUGACACAAAGCCAUACGGUAAACAUUGACAGUCAUAUUGAAAGAAGGACCAAACAGAAACUGGAUACCUUACUGAUUGGAGGUGAGAAAACCUUGCAAUUAACGGCAGAUGAUGCAGCUAUGGAUGUGACCCGAAGCCGCACUGUAGCCAUCGAUACCAGGAAACCAGGAGCACAAAAUGUGGUCUGUGUACCUGUUGGAGGAGAGAAAACCAUUAUGUUUUCUGCAGGUGAUGCAGCUAUGAAUGAAACAAGCCACACCGUAAACACUGAUACUCCUUUUGAACCACACACCAUAACAAAUGUGGCUAUUUUGCCAGUUGGAGGAGAGAAAACCUUAAGGUUCUCUGCAGAUGAUACCACUAAGGAUAUGCAACGAAGACACACUGUAAGCAUUUCAGGAAAUUCAAUUUUAAACGAAGAUCCUCCUAUCAAGAAAAGAGAAAAGAUGACUAGUCUGUCAAGAAAUAGAUCUUUGUCAGUACUCAGUUUUGAUACAGGAUUUAAAACGAACGAUUCCUGCUUGGCUAAUCCCAUGAUCACCAGAGAGGAACCUCCAGCAGAGCCGUCCUUUCCAGAAACCUCUGAUCUAGACCACUUCAUCCCAGCCCUACCAAAAACACCAUGCAUGGAUAAUGCAACCAAGGUUCAAGCUCUUGUGGAUAAUGAUGUGAAUGAAAUCCCAAACAUGGCUGCCUCAUUACAAGGAGCAGCAGCUGAUGUUGGCAUGAACAUGACUGAACUUCAAACAGGCUUGAUUGUUGUAGAAAAAUGUUCAGAUGAGCCCUCUCAAUCAUCAACACAAGACCCAUAUGCUGGUCUUCAAGAAGCUAGAAAGGCAACUUCACCUCAGUCCAAUCAAGAAUCAGGACCAAGCAAACACGAUGGAAUGGAAAUCUCGAAUGUUCCAGAUCAUGUAGACUCAAAAGAAACCAAGAUUAGAAAAGACGAUGAAUCACCCAUUGCUAAUGAUCACGAUAGUCCUUCAAGAAAGUCUCGACGAAUAAGUUUAGCUGAUCUCCACAAAAAAGUGAGGCGUUUGAGCUGCUUGGUAAACCCAACUCCUGAGACUCCAGCUGUGGACAGCUGCAAAUCACCUACGCCUCAUUUGGACCCUGGCGUCGACAACACCAAGAAUGAUUUGCUCCCUGCAGCAGUGCCAGAUGUUGAAACAGAUUUAGGAAAUACUAAGGGCGAAGCACCAUAUCCUCCACAAGAAUAUGCAACUGUGGAAACUCCUUUCAAGCUUAAGACUAAAGAGCUGAUGUCAAGACUUUCAGUGGGAGGCUUUAAGGCAAAACUCCCUCAGAAAAACAGAGCUGAUGAUCCAAAAAAGGCAAACUCCAGCCACAUGAAUUCUGAGAGAAAAAGUGCCAGUCGGACCACAACUAACAAUACUGCAAAUAAUUUGGGCAACUGGAAUGAUGAUGACGUGAGUGACAUUUAUGAUGAAGAGCUUGAUAGCUGCGAAGAUUUAUCAGAAACAUUGGAUGAUAGGAGUGCUCCGAAAAUCCCGGAAAAUGCUAUCCCUUUUGAAGGUUUCAACAUCGAUGAAUCUUUAUUGGAUGUUUUUGAAGAAGACAGUGCAAAUUGUGCCCCUGCAAUAAAGAGACGUUUGCCAUCGGAUGAAAGUAACACUGAGGAGAAGAAAAUGAAAAAGUCCAAUCUGAUGGUUUCUGAGGCUGUUGAGACGGGAAUACACCCUCAUAUUCUGCAAUAUGAUGGUAACAUCAUUACAGCUCCAACGACAAUACACACUAUGGAUUCCUCCAGCAGUACUCACACGUCUAGCAGCAGAAGCGACUCCACUUUGAAACGGAGCAUGCUGGAAUCUCAACUAGAAGACUACUCCACUGAUGUACAGAGGAAAUUCGAAGAUGGCACAAUAACGGUAUCAGAGUUCCUUAAGCUCUUCAACAUUGACUUUGUGAUCCAUAAACCCCGGCAAAGCAUGCUUCCUGGCAGAUCUUCAUUCGACACAGAUUGUACACCGAUGGAUGUAGUGAAAGACAAACUUAUAAAUCGGCCCAAACAGCUGGUCUAUGAAGCAGACAUCAAGAGCCUGUCUGAAAAAGUGGAAGGGUUGAAUUACCGAAUGCGGGACUUGGACAAACCUCUUAAAAUGGUCAAUCAAGCAUUAUGGGAAGAGAUGAAAAAUUCUUCAGAAAAUGAGCUCAAAUGUUUUGGUGUAAAACUGAAAGAAAGAAACAACUACUUCAGAAAGAUGAGCAAAGUCCGCUCGCAUGAAAUGAAGGAGGUCCUGUACACAGGUGUCGUGCAGGCUAUUACGGCUGAACAGCAGAAACUAAAAGUUAAAGUUGACGAAUCUGAGGGGAUGAUCAGAAUGCUGGAUGACUGCAUUAGUGAUUUGGAAGCAGAACUUGCAGCAAUUGAGGUGAAAGGAACUGACAGCAAGCCAAGUCUGAAAACACUCCAGGAAGAAUUGCAGAAAGUCAAUGACACAUUGAAUGACAACGAGCGUCAAAUAUGUGAACUGGAGAUGCAGAAAAAGCAAACUUCGAGCAAACUCGACUACCUGAAAGCUGACGUUGCAAACCUCGAGGGCUCCAUUGCCAUCUUCAAUAUGCUCAAUGAAUGGAGGUUGAAAGAAAAGACAGACCAAUAUGCAGUCUACACUUUCCUCAGUGACACGUUGCAUCUGCAGUUGAUGUACAAAGGAAAUGGUGCUGCUGAGGAUCCUGAGCAUGAAAUUUCACACAUCACUUUUACAUUUCUACUUGAUGACACAAGGUCGCAAUGUCACGCCCGCCUGGUUCACAAGCUGCUCUCCCAGCACAUUGACAGCCAAACAGCUUGGGUGGAGAAAUACCCGACAAGCAGUCGUGUUCAAGAGCUGCUCUCUGACGUGUCCUUGGUGGUCAGUCACUGUCGUCUCUUGGGGGAGGAGAUACGGCUGCUAAAAAUGUGGGGAGGUUUACGGCUCAAUAUUGUGGACAUCCGCUGUGUGGACACUCGUGUACAUAUUCUCUUCAGUAGUCUGAGGACGUGCGCCAAAUUCGAGGUGACCUUUUCUGUCAGCUUGGACACCCACAUCUAUAGUCUUCAGGUGCACAGCUUCAACGCCAUCAUCGGGAACACAACGAUCCAGCAGAUUGAAAGCAUCAUUGAGUCGUUCAUUCCGGCCAAGAAGCUCUUGACCAACGUCAUUAAGAAGAUUAACACUGACCUCCUUUGAUGGCGACCAUGCUCUACUUAACCUGCUAAGUUGUGUUGCGGUUUAAAAAAACACUUGUAAAUAUUUGACGUAUACAUACAUUUAUUAAGAGUAGUUCAAAUGUAAUAUUUCUUACUAAAUACUCAUUAAAGCAUUUUUUCUUA